AUUUGUGUGUCCAUUAUUUUACAAUUGGUAACAAACACAACUGAAUAUUUGCAUUAGGUCGUGGUCGUAGCAACUGGCGAACUUCUGCCCCACCAUCACCACCCCAAAUUAACCCAUAACCCGAACCAGAAGUGAAUAACCCACCACGAGCGAUGGAAUACUAUCAGCAAGAUCUUCCUGCUCCACCUCUGGAUGUAAAAAUGGAUGUUGGUAAUGAGAUUGACUCUCAGAAGUACAGAGGUUUUGGAUCAUCUAAACAAUUAGCAAAACAAGCCGCAGCUGAAGCAGCAUUGAUAAGCUUUGUUAAGCCACCAAUUACUUCCAACUCUUCUGGAAGUCCAGAGGAGGAUAAAACCCCAUGGGCUACUCUUGCAUCAUUUGCUAUAUACAAGUUAUUCAAUGAUUGGCGUGAGGGUAGAGUUGGCAUGUGUCCUCCACCACCUGCCCAACCUUAUGGUGCUGCAGUUCCCCCUGCUGCUUCUCACUUUGCAGGAUUUCAAGCAUUCUUAAAUCAGUCUGAGGGAACAAAUGCAGUUAAGGAAGAAUUCCCACAAGCUGCAGCAUUUACUGAAGCAAUAUGUGCUCAUCUAGGAGGCCGUGCUCCCAACACUCCUGCCACUGAUGGACGACCAGACACAGCAGAGCCUUUGAAGGUGCCAAAUCCAGCUAAGCAGGUUCCUGAAAAUGCAGGUGCCAUGCAUCCAGUCAUGGUUUUACAUCAAAUGAAACCUGGAGUUCAGUACACUGUUUCUCAGACGAUGCAUGACAGCAAACCUUUCUUUAGUGUUACAGCUGACAUUGAUGGAAAGGUGUUCACUGGGGAAGGACCCAAUGUGAAAAAGGCAAAAUUCUUCUUGGCCAAAGAAGCAGUCUUAGGGUUAUUUGGUAUAGCAUCCACAUUUGAAUCUCCAGCUUAAUGUGGUAACUUGGCUAUAGUUGAUGGUUUCCUUCUGCAGUUCUCGGUAUAAAAUAUGACUACCAAGGUUAUUGAUAAUUGUGAAGCAGUUGUAUCUUUAGAGAAUCUCAAGUGUAGUACUUGUCCUCCACCCCUACCACCUCAUGCCUAUUGUAAAUCCUUCUAAACUUUGACUUGAAAUUAUAAUAAAUCUUUAAAAAUGAAUAAAGUCGAUCAGUAUUGUUACUCUACAUGUUUAUAUCAAUGUUUGGAAAUACUAAUAUGAGGUAUAAAUUAAAUUCGUUGAUUAGCAUGCCAAGACAGUUCAUAAAUUUAGUUUGUGAUGUUAUUUACUGGAAUGAAAUUACAUGUUCCUUUUGUAUUUUUGAGAGAAGGAAAUUGGUUUAUUUCACAAAUUUUGUUUAAUUCAUAUUAGAGGUGUUUUGAUUUAGUUAAAAUAUUCUCAAAUUAAUAUGACUUUGUAAUAUAGAAUAUAACAUUCUAAUUGAUGUAGUUUAUGUAUCAUGUUUCAAAAGUAUGGAAAAGCUAGAAAAUAAAGUAAGUCAAGAAUAAA